AUGAACAAGCAGGAUAAACAAUUUGUCUUGAAGUUAUUCAAGAUUAAGAAUGGGGAUAUAAAUCUUCUAAAAAACAGAAUAACUCAUUUUAGCAUUAACAAUAAAUGUAUACAUAUCGUUUUUUGUAAUAAUACACUAAUAAAAUAUUAUGUCGAAGAAAAUGAGUUAUCUUACAUUGACUUUUACAGUAAAAAGGGAUCAAAUAAUAAAGCGGAAAUAAGAUCUAUAUUUUUUGAUAAUAACUGCUAUCAUGGAUUUAUAUGUUUAGCAAAUAAGGAAUAUGUUUAUAUUCAUUUUGAAAAUAAUAUUGUGCAAAAUCUAGCAAAGUUAAAAAAAUAUAAUAUUUCAAGCUUAUGUUUUAAUGAUUAUUCUGAUACAAAAAAUUCAAAUUCAUUUUUAAUAGCAACCAAAGAUGGAGAAAUUAUUGAAAUGUCCAUAAACAAUAAAACAAAAAAUUAUAAAGACCACGAAGUUAUAUAUUCAAAUGAUAAGUUAAUAAUACUGGAUAUUAAUAUGAUAGAUAUUGAUUUAUAUCAUUCCCGAAAUAGUAGUGAAUUAUUAAGAAUUAUUUACUUUACUACAUGUAAUAGUUUACAUGAAAUUAGUUACACAAUUAAAAAUUGUAAAAAUAAUAAUGACAACAAUAAUAAUUUGGAAAAUUUUGAACCCAUCACGACCAAUAUUAAAACACCUAUAAAAAAUAUUGAUUCAAACAGUUUAGCAGAUGAAACAAAAGUUUAUGAAUGUUCUGUAGAUUCUUUGAUAUCUAUUUUAAAGAUCGAAAAAAUUCGGAAUAAAAAUUAUUUAUUUUGGGUUAAUGGGUCAUGCAUAUUUAUUAGCAAAAUUAAUAAUUAUAAAAAAAAAAAAAAUGUUAAAUAUAAUGUAAAACAUAAUAAGCAUAUAAAAAAUAAAAUUACAACAGAUUUUUAUGAUACAGAUGAUAGUAUCUCCCAUUCUACAUCAUCAAGUGGUUCAGAUGGGGAUGUUAAUAUUGUAUCUUUAACCGAUGAUAGUGAAAAUGAACAAACAAUAAAAAAAGGUGGCAAGAACACGAAAGAAAUUAUACAAAAAAAAAUAAUACAACGAAAUAACUAUUACAAUAAUAAAUAUAAACAAUUUAGUAAUAUAAAUGAAGACAGUGAAGAUAUAGAUGAUUAUACACAUGAUCAUGUUUGUAGUAAAAUUACUGAAAAUAUAUUAAACUUAAAAUUUUAUCUAAAUAAUAAUUAUGUUAUAGUAAAUUUCUUAGAUAUAGGUAUAUAUACAAAUGAAAAUUUAAAAAGCUUUGCCUUUGUCAAAUCAUUUUAUGAAUCUAUUUAUAAUAGUCAACCAAAUAGAAUAUGCUACAAUUCCAAUGAAAAUGAUAAGGAUAAUGAAAAAGAUGAUAUCAAUGAAAAUAAAGAAGCAAAUACACCAAAUAACGAACUUGCAAAUAGCUAUAGUAACUAUAAUAAUAAUAUUUCUGUUAUUGUUGAUAUGUGUGUAAAUGAUUCUUAUAUGUUUAUUCUUUUAGAAGAAAAACUAAUAAUUAUUAAUAACGUAAAUUUUAAAAAAGUAUAUGAACAAAUAUUAUCAACCGAAACUUAUGGACAUGCAAUUAAAAUUAUGAAAGACAAACUUGACAAUCAAAUAUGGAUAUGUACAUCCAAACAUAUUUUUAAAAUAUUAAUAAAUAAGAGUAAAAAUGAUAUGCUUUAUUUAAAAAAAAAAAAAUAUGUUCAAAAAAUGUUCGAAACGAAUAUUCAUAAUGAUCAAAUUAAAAUGAAAAAACAUUUAAUACGAAAUAAUAAAUAUGAUAUGGAUCAAUAUAAAUAUACAAAUUUCAGUACAGAAGAUAUGCUAAUAUCAUUUUUACAUAAAAAACAAUAUUUUAUUAUAGCAAAUUUUUUAUAUAAUAAUAUACAUUGUUAUAAUAAUAUAAUCCGAAUAUCUCUUUUUAUAUGGCUUAUUCAUUUAUAUGUUUACUCAAUAUAUUUAUAUUAUUAUUUAUAUAGAAUUGUUUCGCUUACAUAUUCUGUUAAAAAGUCAAUCCAAAGUAUCGAAAAUGACUCUAGUGGUGAUGUAGAUGAUAACAUAAAUGAAGCAGAAAAAAUCAGGGAUGAUAUAUCAGAAGAAUAUACUACCGAUGCUUAUGAAGAACACAACAACAAAUUAACAAAUUCGAUACAACAGUCUUCUACUGAAGAAGAAGGAUGGACAACUUGGCUAGAAGAAUGGGGUAGUGAUUCAGAAAGUUUAUUAAGUGACGAUACAAACACAUCAAGGGGUACGAUAACAAAUACCAAAGAAUCUGAUAUUGAAAAUGAUGAUAUCGAAAAAUCGAAUAAAAAAGCAAACGCUUUAUCAUAUAUCAAAGAGGUUGAUAAAACAGUAAAUAAUAGUAAUGCCACUAAACAGAUUGAUGCACUUCGGGAAAAGUCCCAUAUUUACAAAAAUAACAAAAAUUCUUUUCUUCUUUUUUUUGAAACACUUGUUGAUAAAGAAGAAAGACAAGAAAAUAAAUAUAAUUUUGAUCUUUCAAUUGGGAAAAAAGUAAAUAUAAAAGCAUUAACAAAAAAUGAAAAUUUUUAUAUUUUUUUAAAAUUGUAUAAAAUGAAAAAUGCAGAAAUAUUUAAUUUUUUAAAAUGCCAAAAAAGUUUACUUGUAAAUGAUAUAGAAAGAUACAAAAAGAAAUACACACUUUCAAAUACCAAUCAAAAUGAUAUUAGCCACCAUAAGAAUCAUUUAAAAAUAAAACAAAAAUUAUAUAAAAGUAUUUAUUCUUAUAAAUGUUUAGAAGUAUGUAUAUACUUAAUAAUUUUAUUAAAACAUUUUAAAAAUUUUUAUCAACUAAAUGAAGUAAUACUCGAGAUACUUCAAAAUUUUAAUUGUAUUAAUUUUUUAUUACUUUAUAAAUAUAUAUGUAACGAUUAUACAUAUAUAGUAAAUUAUUAUAUUAAUAAUAAUAAGUUUAAUUUACUUCUUAAUAUAAUAACAAUAUUCCCACAAAACUUCUUGUUAGAAGUUUUACAAGAACAUUCAUUUAUUCUUUUUCUUCAUGCUCCGCAAAAAUAUGUUGAAUUGCUAAUUUUUUACGACAAUUUAAUUGAAGACUAUACUAAUAUAAUUAUUUGCAUGUUUAUAGUUACUUACUUUUUUAUGAAGAAAAAGAAAAAUGAAAAUCUAACUCAAGCCAAAGAAAUCAUAAAUAAAACUAGCGAUAAUGAUGAAAAUAAUCUUAAAGAAGAGGGAUCAACUUAUGGGUUUGCUAGAAAAAAGCAUCAUAACCAUAUUCAGGAUAUCUAUGAUAAACGGACUAAUGAAUGCAUAAAAUAUUUGGAACAUAUCUCAAACAAAUUGAUAGAAGAAAAUGCAGAUGAAAAAAAAGAGAAUUAUAUAUACACAUUUGAAUGUAUAUGGAAAAAUAAUCACGUAAUAAACUGUUUACUUAUUUUAUAUAUAGAAAAUGAUAAAGAUGAACAAAUUAAAGAUUUAUUAAAUAGACUAAAAAAUUCGGCUAUACAUUUUGAUUAUUUAUUUAUUAUACGAUUUUUAAAAGAAAAAAAAAAAGAUAGCUUUAUCCCUCACAUAUAUAUAUUAAUGAAAUAUUUUGAAGAAGCUGUAGAUAAAUCAUUAGAGUUAAACGAUUAUGAUGCUGCAAAAAAUGCUGUGUUAAUAUGUGAAGAUGAAGAAGAGAAAAAAAAAUUAUUUUUAAAAAUAAUAAAGCAUAUUUCCAAAAAUUUAAAUAAUGAAAACUUAAAAGAAAUAAUUAACUUAAUCCGAGAUUCCCAUUCAAUAUUAAAUUUACAUGAUAUAUUACCUUAUAUUAAUGAAAAUACAUUUAUAGAAUGUUUAAAAACAGAUAUAUGCUCAUUAUUGGAUGUAUAUAAUAUUAAAAUUAAAGCAAAAAAAGAAGAAAUAAAAGAUAACUUAAGAACAAUUAACUUAUUAAAUAAUGAUAUUAAAGAUAUAAAAAAAAAGCACGUUGUUCUAAAUAAACAUGAUAUAUGUUAUAUUUGUAAAAAAAAUAUAUAUUAUAAAAAAUUCUAUGUGUUCUCUUGCAAUCAUUAUUUUCAUAGUGUAUGCUCUUUAAACCUUUAUAUCAAUCAUAAAUCAAAAGAAAAUCUAUUUCACAUCUAUUCUAUACUUACUAACUAUAAAAAUGCUGUUGCUAGUCAAAACGAGCAUGAUAUUCUUUUAUACGAAACAAAAAUUAAUGAAAUCUUAACCGAAGAAUGUUUUAUUUGUGGAUCCUUUUCCAUAAACUCAAUUACAAAAAGCUUCAUUUCACAAAGCGAGUAUGAUUUGGCAGAUAGUUGGGCUAUAUCAAAUGAAUAA